AUGGAUCGUCGCAGGACUGGAAUCAAUCCUGUUUCCACUACUAGUAGUAAUAACAUUAAGGGUCUGCAAUUGUUUAUUGCAGAUCUAAGGAGUACACAACAAUCGGAGGAACAAGAGAGAAGAAUUCAAUCAGAGUUGAUCAAGAUUCAACAACAUUUUGAAAUGAUCUCCAGAAAACCUGGUGGUAAUGAUAAGCUGGGUGGAUACCAACGUAAGAAAUACAUUGCCAAAUUAGCAUAUAUCUACAUUACUUCUCAUACGACCAAAUUGAACAGUUUAACGUUUGGAUUAGAUCAAAUGAUAGAAUUACUUAGAUCAAACGUUUUCUCCGAAAAAUUUCUGGCUUAUAUGACUUUACAGCUGUUUUAUGUGCAUCCAAGUGUUGUCUCCAAAAUUGGCGACGAAGUUGCAUAUCAAGUCGUUAAAGAUUUAGCAGGUAAUAAUGACGAUCAUGUUGCUUUGGCAUUGAAUUUUGUUGGUGUAGUAGGUAAAUUAGAUGACCAGUUAGCACACAACGAAGAUCUGGUGGAUCAAGUUUUCCAAAUAUUGAGGUCUCCAACUUCUUCUCAUUAUUUAAAAAAGAAAGCUGCAUUGGCAUUUUUGAUGCUUUUAAAGAGUAACAUUCACAUUUUGGUCGGUGAUCAUCAAACCAAACAAGCAUGGGUUCAGAGAAUUCUGAGCUUAUUGGAUGAUACCCAUGAUUAUCGACUGAUGUUACCCGUAUUACCUCUAGUGGAGUAUAUUGCCAAAUAUGUGGAUCCUUCUUCUUGCAUUCGUCUAUUACCACAACUGACCCAGAUUCUUUACAACUGUACCGUUGUUGGUACAUCUCCUGAUGGCCAUUUCCCCCCAGAAUUUAGAUUUGCCAAUGUUCCCAACCCAUGGAUCAUUAUUAGAAUAGUUUCGUUGUUGAGCGUACUAAUCGUGUCUCCGGUAGAGGCAACUACCACUUCUUCAUUAUUAAUCCAUUCCAGCAACAUUGAUCCAGAGACGUUGGGGAAAUUAAGAAUUUGUGUGACUAAGGCCAUUGAAUUGGGUACUAAGCAAUUGAACGAUCCUAUGGAAAGAAUCGUUUUGAAUUCUAUCCUUUUUUCCCUAAUAAACUUUGCAUCUAAAUUAGAGCCAUCUCAAGAAGCUAUAAGCAAUUCGGGAACUGCUCUAUGCACACUCCUCUCUUCCGGAGAAAUCAAUAUUCGGUACUUGACCCUAGAUUCUCUAGUUAAGCUUUGUUCUUUGAGCGGUAAACCAGCAAUCGAUACUGUUCGUUUUCACAAUUUGGAUAAGAUCUUUCGACUAUUGAGCACAGAACGUGAUGCUUCCAUUAUAAGAAAAGUAGUGGAUCUACUUUACACUUUCACAGAUGCAGGCAAUGUGAAGACCAUUGUAGAGAAAUUGUUUAGCCAUAUUUCAGGAGCUAAACAUCCAGUGGAACCAAAUAUUAAAUCAGAUAUUGCAGUUAAGAUUUCGAUUUUAACUGAAAAAUAUGCCACAGAUACAAAUUGGUUCGUACUCGUAUCUCUCAAAUUACUUUCCAUGACAACAUCGGCAACACUCAAUGAUGAUGAGAUAUGGCAAAGACUUUGUCAAAUCGUUGUAAACAACCAACAAUUACAAAAAUUAACUUGUGAGCAGUUAUUGGGGUACUUAAACGAUUCACGUUCCAGUGAAGCAUUGAUAAAGACGGGAGCCUUCCUCAUUGGUGAAUAUGCACAUAUGGUUCUUGAUAGCUUUUCAGUGGGGGAUCUAUUCAAUUUAUUUGCAGGAAAGUAUUUUGUGGUUUCCAACAUGACAAGAGCCAUGAUCUUGACUACAAUGCUAAAAUUGUACAAAAUAGAACCUCGCAUAGAGACCGUGGUGAUCAAAUUCUUCCAACUGGAGUUGAACUCCUUGGAUAUAGAACUUCAGACGAGAUCUUUUGAAUAUUUGAAUUUGGUGCAAUUGUCCAAAUUGAAUGGUAAUGUUGAACUUUUAGAAGCAAUUUUAGCGCCAAUGCCACCUUUUAACACAAAAUCCAAUCCACUGUUGAAAAGAUUGGGGGACUUACCUUCCUCAAGUGGUAGUGCGACAGUGGUAGAUCUAAUUGGUGCUUCAGAUAACGAUACGGAUAGCAACUCCAAUACACCGAUGACCCCAGUAUCAGCUAACAAACCCCCUCCACCACCGCUGCCAAGGACCACGAAACCCGCUAGGACGGGUAGCAGAAGUGCAUUAACUAGCUCUAGUACAGCCAAUGGUCCCUCUGGCUCAACAGUCGAGCGGGAUCUCGGAGCUGAACACUACCUUCAGCAGAAACUUUCCCCCAAUUGGGAGGAAGGGUUUGUUAGAAUGCUUUCGCACAAAAAGGGGAUCCUUUACACAUCUCCUCUACUCAGGGUGCUUUACAGCAUUUCCCAACCUUCAAGUGAUCAACCCUUCCACCUAAGAUUUAAAUUAACGUUCGUCAACCACACGGAAUGGGACAUCCAUGGUAUAUCUACUGAAAUAAUGGCGGCAAGGACACAAGAUAAUCCAGAAUACAUCUUACAAAACAUCUUACCACCAACAAAUACAACUAUUGCACCUCAUAAGAGAACUGAACAAACCUUUGAUGUCGUUAUAAGGAAACCUUUCCCUGUCGAUAGAAGCCCGCUGGUCAACAUUUUCUUUAGUUGUGGUGCAACAGCCACUUCUCUCACUCUAAAGACGGCGGUUGGUGUCACGUCUACGCUUAUGGCCAGCGUAGAAAAUGCUACUUCUCUAACGGUUACGCAAUUUGUAAAGAGUUGGAAGGCUUUAGGUGAAACUUUUGGCAAAGAGAGUGAAUAUAGUGUGGAAGGUGUUAAUUUGGCAAGACGCAAACCUGGAAGCAUCUUUGAAACUGGUAGUAAUUUAUCUACCAUUGCACAGACAAUGACGAGAAUGGGUUUUGGUCUUGCAGAUCAAACGAGUGUACCUAAUACGAUUUUUGCCGCUAGCGUCUUUCAUACAAAGACUAAAGGUAAUUUCAAUUACCUAUUGAAAAUAAAGUACACAGAGGAAACUUCUCAACUCAGCGUUACUUGUAAAGCGACUGCACCAGGUCCUCUUUCUCGAUAUGUGGUAGAGUGUAUGAAAUAUGCAUUAACUAAUUAG